AAAACACACAGAAACAUUCCGUUAGAGGAUGCUAGCGCAAAAAUGUCAACGUUCUUAGUACUGACUCGUCUAGCUCUAUGGUGUUACUGUUUGCAAGAAAUAACGAUUUCUAUGAAGACUAACUGGUGUAUGCAUUCCGACGGUUCUAUGACCUGUUGUACCAGUUAUUUUGAAGAGGAUGGGGAUUGUUAUGAAUGCGUGGGAUCACAUGGCUUGAAUUGUUCAAGUCCGUGUCCUCAAAACUAUUUUGGACCGAGAUGUACAAAGCAAUGUCAAUGUCUAGAAUCUGAGUGUGAUAAAAUCUACGGAUGUCUUAGAGAAACAACUUUCCCAAUUUUUGAGACGAGCACUGCAAAUGUUCUUAGCACGAGUCAAAAAAGUCAACUUCCAGAAGCCUCCAGCAAUACAGCAUCAAAAAUAGUAACCUUUUUUGAAAACCUCCAACUUCGUCACUGGUUUAUCAUUUGCAGUGUCUUUUUCCUGGUAGUGUUUGUCUUCUUUGUAAUAAUUGGGACAGUCAGGCGUAGAAACAAGAGGAAAAGAGAACAAAAACAGAGACUAGACACUGAUAGCGGCUAUCUAGGAACGAUGAAUACCCCUCACUCUUCAACACGCUUUCUGAAUGUGUCCUUCCAGUCAAGACCCAUAGAUGAACCUCCUAGACAAAUAUGAAAAAAAAAACCCAUCUUGAUAAAAGACUUUUGAAACUAUGUAGUAUGCAUGUGUUAUUGAAAAAAGGAGAUAAAUUAUUGUGUGUUUUGUUUAAAAUUGAAA